GUUUCUCUCCAAACUGUGAAUAGAAAAUAUAAGGAAGACAGAGCAGAGGAAUGCGAGGAACUUCUGAAUCACAGCUACACAGAGAGAUCUCUGCCUGGACAGUCCAGACAGCGCCAACAUGGCAUGUCAAUAGAUAUCGGUCUAUUACAGUUGUCUAUUAGACGUUUCUGUGGCAUUUGGACAUCCAGGGAUUAAGUGGAAUUUACAAUAGGAUAUUCAGCAUAACCUCUCACACGACAGGGGAUCGGAAAGAUUAAGAUGCAGGAGGACCCGGUGUAUGAUUUCCCUGAGCCGGUCGGGGAGCUGGUAGGAGAGAGGCGGGCUUGUCCUCAGCGUGGCUCCCUGAAGAACAUCAAUGUGCUGGACCGUCUGCUUCUCACACACCCCGUCUGGCUGCAGCUGUCCAUCAACUCUGCCACCGCUCUGCACAUCCUACAGCGGGAGCCGCCUGGGACCUUUCUGGUGCGCAAGUCCAACACCUCGCAGAAGAAAGUGCUGUGUGUCAGGCUUGCAGACGACAGCGUUCCCUCCUUUGUCAAACAAUUUGUCCUCCGCGAAGUGGACUCCACCUUCUCUUUGGAGAAAGCGGCUAUCGGUUUCCCUGACCUCUUCCGGCUCAUUGCCUUCUACUGUGUUAGCCGGGAUGUGUUGCCCUUCCCACUGGAGCUCCCUGAGGCCAUAGUCAAGGCUUCAUCCCACAAACAGCUGGAGUCUAUUUCACACAUGGGCGUGGAGUUCUGGAGUUCCCAGCUGAACUUCAGAGGUCCACGCAAUGGGCCCCCACCAGUCGAGGCGGCACCGCUGCCCCCCAGCCCCACCCCUGAGGACUGUGCCACGCCCCAGGAGAGCCCCACCCUGUUCCAGGAGUUCUGCCCCAUCCAAACACGCAGCCCCCGGGAGCUGAACUGUGGGGCAGCAGGCCAAGGGGCUCUCUGUUUCAUCAACCCACUCUUCCUGCAAUCCCAUCCUGCACUGCACAAACGCCACCAGUUCAAGCGCAGCCUCAAGGUGCGUGUCUCGACUGAGAACUCUAGCCCUUUGUCCCCGCCAGUUGCCCCUCCCCCUCCCCCACCUCUGCUGGCCAAGAAAAAUAUUAAGAGCAAGAAGGUCCAGCGGGCCAGUGGAGCAGUAGAAGCCAGAGUGGAGGGUGAGGGAGGGACAGCACCCGUCCAGGAGGACUCAGACUAUUUGCAGCCAUGCUUGGUUCUUCCAGUUCUUCCGCAGAAGACCAGGGUCACACCCACACUGUCUCCCACUGCAGAGGAGGACUACCAUGUGCCCUUAGGUCUCCUGCAGGGACUGGCACAGGAAAAAGGAGGUGAGGAGGAGGAGGGUCUCCUGCUGGAGCAGAGGCAUGCUCCCUCCCUGAGUGAGCUGGACAGCAGCAGUUCCCUCAGCAGCCUGGAGGAGGCAGAGGAGAGCUCAGAGCGAAUUCCCCUCACCAGGGGCACCAGUAACCCCUCACCCCCAUGCACCUUGCCCCCACGCCAGCCCGUCUCAGUCCUGCGCAAGCUGAGUGCAGUCUUUGUGUCCUUCUUCGUGCCAGAGAAGCGUGUGGCGAGGCUGGUGGAGGACCUGUCCCGUGACAGGAGGAUUGCGUUUGGUGUCCUGGUGCAGGAUUUCCUCAGGCAGCAGCGGGAGGCGAUCAAGCCUCAGUGCCAGAGAUCUAGUGUAGAGCUACUGCAGGGCAUUCGCUUCUUCCUCUCCCAGGCCAAGACCUUCCUGCUGGACUGUGGAGACCUAGAACCCCCAAUUGAGACCAUGGUGCCUGAUGAUGAGAAAGACCUGGUGCUGGAGAAAGCCAUGUUCCGCUGUGUGCUGAAACCUCUGAAGGGACAGAUAGACAGGACACUGCAAACUCUGCAUGAGCGAGACGGUUCCACCCAGAGCAUGGCAGAGAGCCUGGCUGUGGCCAGGGGAAAGACCCCCUUGGAGUGUUUUGGAGUGCGGGUGGGAGUACCGGAUGCUGCCGGUGUGGAGAAGGUGCGGCAGAAGUUAGCUCUCAUGAGGCGGGCUUACUCGCCCAUUGACAAGGUUGUGCUGCUACUGCAGGUCUGCAAGCUCAUCUAUAAAGCCAUGACGGACAAUUCAGGCAAAGAAUUUGGUGCAGAUGACUUCCUACCAGCCCUGUCCUAUGUCAUUGUCCAGUGUAACAUGCCAGAGCUGUCUGUGGAGGUGGAGUACAUGAUGGAGCUGCUGGAGUCAUCGUGGCUGACAGGGGAGGGUGGGUACUACCUGACCAGUGUGUAUGCCAGCCUGUGCCUGAUCCAGAGCCAGCCUGAAGAAAUGCCCUCUAGCGGGCUGACCCAAGGGGCCAGAGACUCCCUGAAAGACUGGAGCCGGCGCCGGAGCAGCCAGGCUCUGAGCCAGAAAAAAAUACAACAGCAACUGAGGUUUGUCAAGGUUUUGUUUCAAGAUGGAGAAAGCAGCUGGAUAAAAACCCUGCAGUGGAGGGCAGGAGUUAGUGGGGAGGCCCUGACCCAGCUCUGUGCUGCUAAGUUUGGGGUGGACGACCCAGGACUGUACAAGCUGUACUGGCGGAGUGAGGGGGAGAUUCAAGCCCUCCCAGCCCAGGCCCAGAUCCAGGACCUACAGGGCCAAGGCAGCAGUGGAACACCCCUCAUAUACCAGAAAGCCAAACAGGAUGGACUCAAGACUUGCAAACUAACAAGAGAGGCGGCUGUGGACCUUGUGGAAUCACCUUGAGUACCCACGCGUUAUGAACGUUUUAUUAAACCCCACUCAACUGCAA